GUAUAUUUUGGGGAAAUAUUUCUGUCAACAAUUGGGAAAAAAAAUUAGGAAACUUUUAAGCUGCAGCCCAGGGUAAAAAAGGCGUUCCACAGGUGGCAAAGGAGGCGUGGAAAUGUCAAUACAUUUUUUUUGUAUGACAACAAAGCAACAAAAAAAGUCCACAUCAUUGCAACGCUAUAGCCCAAAGCAUGUCUAUUUUCAAGGCGCGUGUGAAAGAGUUUGAUGAUGCUCUGGCCCAGGACGUGGUUGACCUUAAGGAGCUGCGUAGACUGACGUUUAAUGGUGUGCCCGAUGUACAAAGCUUCCGUGCGCUCAGCUGGAAGCUGCUGUUGGGCUACCUGGGACCCAGGCGCAGCAGUUGGACGAUGACGCUGGCCCAGAAGCGGGCCCUAUAUAAGCAGUUCAUAGAGGAACUUGUACUCCCCCCGGGACACAGCUGCAAUGGAGCGGGAGACUGUGACGGUGACGAGGUCGCUGUGGAUGCAAGGGGCGUUGGCCUGCAAGAUCAUCCGCUCAGCGAGGGGCCGGAAAGUGCCUGGAACACAUUCUUCAACGACAACGAAUUUCUGCUGCAGAUCGACAAGGAUGUGAGGCGCCUGUGCCCCGACAUCUCGUUCUUUCAACAGCCCACAGACUACCCCUGCGACAUUGUGGUGCACAGCAAAGGAGAACACGGCCGACGGCUACACGAACGGGUGGUGCCCACAGUGCUCAGCUCGGCGAAUGUCGAGCGCAAGGGCCUGGGCAUGACCAAGCAGCAAAUCAAUUUAAUCACAAAGCGUUCGGUGGAGACCUAUGCCGCCAUGGAGGAGGGCCAGGAGGCACACUGGGAGGUGGUGCAGCGCAUUCUGUUCAUCUACGCCAAGCUGAAUCCGGGCCAGGGAUACGUCCAGGGCAUGAAUGAGAUUGUCGGGCCCAUCUACUAUGUGAUGGCCUCCGAUCCGGAUCUCUCGUAUCGCGCCCAUGCGGAGGCCGACUGUUUCUUCUGCUUCACGGCUCUGAUGAGCGAGAUACGCGACUUUUUCAUCAAGACCCUCGACGAUGCGGAGGGCGGCAUAAAGUUCAUGAUGGCCAGGCUAUCCAACAUGCUCAAGACUAAAGAUAUUGAUAUCUACGAGCUUCUGAAGAGCCAAGAGCUGCAUCCGCAGUACUACAGCUUCAGGUGGCUCACGCUCCUGCUCUCGCAGGAGUUUCCACUGCCCGAUGUGCUGCGCAUUUGGGAUUCGGUAUUCUCAGACGAGCAGCGCUUCGAUUUCCUCAUCAAAAUCUGCUGUUCCAUGAUAUUAAUCCAAAGGGAAGCUAUUUUGGAGAACGACUUUGCCUCGAAUGUGAAGCUGCUGCAGAACUAUCCUCCGAUUGAUAUAAACGUUGUGAUUACGCAUGCCGUCUCCUUGGCGUAGCACUCACUCACUGACACUACUGAUGCCACAGAUAUUAUUAUGUGAUGGAUGACCUGCAUGAUUCCCGGGUACAG